ACAGAUCUUCGCAGCAUCAAGUGUUUUGAGAUUUAUAUUAAUUAUUAAUAAUAAUAAAUUAACAAUAUGGUUGUAACUAAAAAAGUGCUCGCAAUUUACACCGGAGGAACUUUUGGUAUGCUGAAAAAUGAAAAAGGAGUGUUGGUGCCUCAAAAGAACAUCGAGCAGGUGAUCAGGCGGCUUCCCCAGCUCCACGACAACGACUAUUGGGGCACUAAGCUCAAAGGAACUGAGCAUAAAGAAUAUUUAGUUUUGCCAGAUGGCAAAGACACAGAUCUGAAGGUGUUGUACAAAAUUCUCGAAUAUGAAGAACUGAAGGACUCAUCCGAUUUUACUCUGGACGACUGGAUAAAAAUGGCGCGCGAUAUAAAGAAAUACUACCACGACUACGACGGGUUCGUAGUCCUCCAUGGGACCGACACCACGGCUUAUGGCGCUUCGCUGCUGUCCUUCAUGAUGGAGACCGUUGGCAAGACUGUGGUGCUCACUGGUGCUCAGGUGCCAAUCUUCCAGCCUCGCAGCGACGGGAACAACAAUUUCCUCUGUGCCCUUCUCAUCGCAGCAACACAGCACAUCCCGGAGGUCACCGUCUUCUUCGGCUGCAAGCUGUUCAGAGGGACACGAGUAAAGAAAGUGUCCAACACAAAGAUAUACGCUUUCGACACGCCCAACUACCCUCCGUUGCUGGAAGCCAAGACGACCCUUGAGGUGGACCCUAAGAUGUUGAUACACGCGCCCGGUUCGGUGCCGGACGAGUGCCGUAUACACGACCGGCUGUCGAGGAAGGUGUAUGUUCUGAAAGUAGCCCCCACUAUCACGCCGGAGGUCAUCAGGGCUGUUGCUGACGGAAUGGAAGGUCUGGUACUCGAGACAUAUGGCAACGGCAACAUCCCCAUCAAGCGAAAGGAGAUCUACCAGGAGAUAGCGAGAGCGGUGAAGAACCAAGUCCUGGUGGUGAACGUGACCCAGUGCAUCAACGGGACCGUGCUCGGGAAGCCACUCUACGAAACCGGGCUGCUGCUGAUAGAAUGUGGCGUGGUCCCAGCUUUCGACAUGACUUCUGAAGCUGUGUGGGCCAAGCUCUGCUAUGUGCUCUCCAAAACUGAACUCAGCUAUGAACAGAAAGUAGAGAUGAUGAAAACUAACAUACGAGGAGAACUUUAUAAUCCCAACCAUCAAAAAAAUGGUUCUUAACUUUAUGUAGGUACCUACAUAAUGUACCUACAUGAAUAUUUGCAAAAUAAAUUACGCCUAUAAGUAACUAUAACGCCUGAAAAGGUAAAACCAACAGAUGCCUGUAACCUAUUUAUAAGAACCCUUGUAACCUUUGUUCAUACACAAUAAAGACUUUAUUACUUACAUAAUUUGUAGCUAUAUU